AUGAAUCAACAAUUUUAUAACUUCCUCAAUAUACCCAUCACCUAAAAUCCAAAAUCUGAAUUAGUUAGAGUGCGAUUAGCUAAAUAAUUUAUAGUUGCUUAAGUGUUACAUGUUUUCAAUACCUGGAAAUCAAUUCAUAAUGAAGAAUCGAUUACCUUUGGGUUGAUUGGUUGUGGGUAAGUUGGAAAAUUAAUAAUUAAUUCAAUUAUACCUUACGCCAUCAAAUUCUAUAAUUUAAAGCCAUCAGAUGUGCAUAUAUCUACAAGAAGGUAUUAUAAUUAUAUCAAUUAAAUAGGCCUGAAUAAAUUUAUUAUUAUGUGACCAAAGGCUAUUAAGUGUACUUUGAUAAUGAUAAAUUAUUACAAUAAUGUAAUUUUGUUGUGAUUGCUAUUCCACCUAUGAUUGAUAAUUGGAAUAUUUUAGAAUUAUAAAUUAAAAAUCCAAAGACAUACAUUAUUUCAUUACUAUCUACUUUAAAAUUACCUCGUUUAAAAUAAUUACUUAAAUUACAAAAUUAAUUAUACCAUACUUAAAUUUCUUCACAAUAACUAGAUUAAGCUGUUUUAAGUUACAUAGAAUUAAUUGAAUAAAUUAAACCAGGUGUAUUUCAAACUCAAAUUUAAGAAGACAUUGUUAAAUUAAUUAUUGAAUAAAGUCACAAUCACUUUAUUGAUGGAGAAAAUAGAAUUUAACUCUUUAUAGAAUCUUUUGGAAUUUAAUUAACUGAUACCCAGUAUUAAAGAAUAUUUGGAAGAAAUUAAUUAGAAUUUGAAACAUAAAUGGAAAAAUUAUUCAAAAUGAGUUUCACUAAAUCUCUCCUAUAAUUUUAAAAUUUUAUUCAAAAAUGA